AUGAAAGCUGUGGAGGUUGAUGAACUAGCGCAUGCAGUGGCAGGUGCUGGCGGUGGUGCCCUUUCAAUGGCUUUAACAAUGCCUUUGGUAACAAUCGCUACAAGGUUGCAGGUUAAGGACGACUCCGCAGAGCAAGCAGGCAUAUGUGAAAAAGUCAAAGAAAUAUACCGUAAGGAAGGUAUUACGGGGUUUUAUUCAGGACUUGAGAGUGCGAUGUACGGAAUGGCGUUGACGAGCUUUAUUUACUACUAUUUUUACGAGGUAACUUCCAGAGCCACGAUGAGAGUCCGUAAAAAGGAGCGUUUAGGUACUUUGGAUUCAAUGUUCUCUGGGACAAUUGCAGGGUCUAUGACGGCAAUUGCUUCAAAUCCAAUAUGGGUGGUCAACACUAGGAUGAUGGUGGCCAAGUCUGAUAGAAGUACGUUUUCUGUAUUUUUGGAUAUACUGCAGAACGAUGGGUUUUUGACUUUAUUCAAUGGGUUGAAGCCUGCGUUGGUGUUAGUCGCCAAUCCGAUUAUCCAGUAUACGGUGUUUGAACAACUCAAGAACUUCUUGCUGGAGAUAAAUAACAAGGAGGUUUUGGCUCCAUCGUGGGCGUUUCUCUUGGGCGCAAUUGGUAAACUGGCCGCUACGGGAGUUACGUAUCCGUAUAUCAUAUUGAAAACCAGGAUGCAUUUGGCUAAAGGUGAGAAAAAGGCCAGUAACAUGUGGGAAUUAGCAUUACAGACCAUGAAGAAGGAAGGGUUUAGCGGAUUUUACCACGGGAUAGGCGUUAAGUUGAUCCAAAGUAUUUUUACUGCCGCUUUCUUGUUCUAUUUCAAGGAGGGAUUGGUCAUAUGGUCUGUGAGAGUUUUACGUCUGUUCCGCAGGUAUAACCAGCGAAUAAAAAAUUAUUUGUAG